AUGGACAAUGAGACACAUGCCGCGUUUGUGGAGAAUGGUCGGGUCUUUCAUCCUUCAACAUCCUUAGCGUCGUUGGAUUUCUCUUCGCGUCAGGUUCGGAUAUUCCUAGUGACGAUUUUGGCCGUGUAUCCAGUCGUGGUUUCUCUGCUGCGUUUCCGCCGUGUCCGAUGGCUGCACCGAAGGUACCACUUUCCUACGCGGGAGUCCCUGUCGCGCAUGACCGAUAACGACGCCUGGGAGAUCCAAAAAGUCUUGUUACAGCUGGAGUUCCCGUUUAUCUACAUCAAGUCUCUGCAGUUCGCAUUAUUCAGGACAUAUGGCAUACCGAGCAUAUCGGGGCUUCUUACGAGUACAAAGCAAUUAUGUGACCCGGAGUUAUCUCUCAAGCGCUAUGCAGAUACCACCGUCUUCAUCCAGGAGUUCAUCGGCUCGGCUCCGUCUUCAACCCGCACUCGAGCUUCUAUUGCGCGUACCAAUUUUAUUCAUAGCAGCUACCGGGCUUCAAAAAAGAUUCUAGAUGACGACAUGCUUUACACGCUGGGUCUGUUCGCCAUUCAGCCGGUGCGCUUCAUCGAGGAGUACGAAUGGCGCGGCCUGAGCGACAUGGAAAAAUGCGCUAUCGGGACGUUCUGGAAAAGUUUGGGCGAUGGGCUGGAGAUCAGCUAUGAUGUUCUUCCGUCAGGUAAGACGGGAUUCCGUGACGGACUACAUUGGCUUGAGGAGAUCAUGGCAUGGAGCGAUGACUACGAAGUUCGCUGCAUGCGUCCGGAUAUCAAAAACCACCAGACCGCCGCGCAGACUACAGCAAUCGUCUUGUACAUGAUUCCGAAGCCGAUACAGCAGGUUGGGCUGCAUUUGGUGUCGUUCAUGAUGGACGAGCGCCUCCGGAGAGCCAUGCUAUAUGAUGAUCCCCCGGAAUCGUAUACGAAAGUGUUUUCGGUCCUCCUUCGUGUGCGUCGAUUUGCCAUGCGCUAUCUUGCGCUCCCUCGACCAGAUUAUCUCCGUUACACCACGUUCACCGACCAUCCCGAUGAAAAUGGUCUCCUGUCAUUCACCAGAUGGGAUGCCGCACCUUACUACGUGAAACCGACCAUUUGGAAUCGCUGGGGACCAACGGCUUGGCUUACGUGGAUAAUGGGCCGACCGCUUCCGGGGGAUGAGGGUGGCAAGUACCACCCCGAAGGUUACAGCAUCCCCGACGUCGGGCCCAGCCCCGACGCCGCCUCAAACUCCGCGACAGCGAUCAGUUUCCCUCAGGAUCCGUCCGAAUUCGACAGCGACCCGCGAGUCUCUUUCUCCAAGCUAGACAACAAGUUCAUCCUGGAAACCGAUGAAGGAAACGAGUUUGAAUACGAUACGGUGCUGAAGCGGUGGAUUCCGACGAUUUGCCAGCAAGGCUAUGGCUCGCAUGAAUUUUGCUUGGCUCGUGAAACUGAUCCUCUGGUUGGCGCCACUCUUUGCGCGCCCGUGGGUGUUUUCCAGGUCGAUGAUGACUUGCUCCGACAGCAGCAAGAAGCCUACAAAGUUCAAGGGGUGGAUGAGAACGAGGAGGUGACGGCACAGCAACUGAAGAAAAAACGGAAGCAACAGGCAAAUGCCGACGAGGGCAACGGACAAAAACCAAAGAAACAGCGUGUUAAUACAGCCGUAUACGUCACCUCAAUCCCUCUAGAUGCAGGCUUCGAAGAAAUCCGAGAUACCUUCUCUAAAUGUGGGGUGAUCGCCGAGGAAAUCGACAGCGGCCGUCCUCGCAUCAAGAUGUACAACGACGAUGACGGAAAGUUCAAGGGUGAAGCCCUUGUCGUAUACUUCCGACCCGAGUCGGUCAACCUCGCCAUUCAGAUGCUGGAUGAUUCGAACUUUAGGAUCGGGCAGGAAGGUCCUCAGGGACCCAUGCGAGUUCAGAUCGCAGAUUUCUCGUUCAAGAGCCAGCAAGAGCAGCCGGCUAAGACCAGCAUGAAAGACAAGAGAAAGAUCAUACAGAGGACCCAGAAGUUAAAUAGCAAACUCGCCGAUUGGGACGAUGACGACCCAUCCACGUUACCGGAAACCAACUCCAAGUUUGAGAAAAUCGUCAUCUUGAAGCAUAUGUUUACUUUGGAAGAACUCAACGUACGAAAGAGCCCCCAAGAGGAUCCGGCCGCCAUUCUCGACAUCAAAGAGGAUAUUCGUGAAGAAUGCUCCAAACUGGGGGAGGUGACCAACGUUGUUCUCUACGAUAAGGAAGCCGAUGGAGUUGUUAUGGUCCGCUUUCUCGAGCCCGAAGCAGCCCAACGCUGCAUUCAGGUCAUGGAUGGCCGCUACUUUGGCGGAACGCGCGUUGAGGCAUAUAUUUCCAAUGGCAGUGAGCGGUUUAAGAAGAGCAAUGAGAAACGAGCGGCGUUGGAGGAUCUAGCGGAGAGGGGAUUCGAUGCGGAAGACUCGGACGAAGAGCAACGGCUGGAUGAGUUUGGCACGUGGUUGGAAAGCUCUCAUACGGUGGAGAACACGGCGAAAUGA